UGUUCCGCACCCAGAACAGGCCGCUGGAAAGUCAAUUUCGUGGCCUUGUCUGGGCUUCUCGCGCGGCUCUUAGCGCUUUUUGCCGCAGGCAGAUUAGAAAGGAAGUUAUCCACGUGCUGCAGGUGCGCCCACGUGCGCUUAUUUAUUUUUUAUUUUUGUAGGUCUGUUAGUGAUAACAAACUGCAAACAUCUUCUGGGUGCUGCACGAAGUUUGGAUUUGACAGCUGAUGAUAAGGGAUAAAACAGGGUCUCUUUAAAAAGAAAGAAAGAAGUGAAUAGUUUGGCCCCGCGUUCUUUAAUGAAUCCCUGAGGGAACUUUUUUUCUUUCGGUCUGACUUGUAAAUGCCUGAAGCUUUAAAGUGGCGUGGAGGAUUUUUGUUAGGAUCUUUGCUAUCUUAACGCUGGCUUGGUGAACUCUUUUGCAAAUGAGGUUAAACUUAUAAAUGAAAUUUGUGUGCGCUGUGACAGAAAUCAGUCCUUAGAGUACCGUACUGUUAACAUUAAAUGAAGCACGCCACCUGUUAUCGCUCCGUUAUUCUGCUUUUUGCCUGUGUUGUGUGCUAGACAACGCAGGCAGAGAAUGGGAAUGACAAUGAAGAGGACGCAAUCUUAUUCACAGAACGCAUGGCCGCUAUUUGUACAAUCAAGCUCUCCUGUUGCAGAAGCAGUUUUACUGAAGCAACUGCAAGAUCAGAACUACAAGAGAGGGAAGUGACCUGGUCCAACGUGAAGUAUACAAAAGCUCUGACAAAACUGGAGAGGAAAAAUCUCCUGAGGCUUUCUCAGCCAAAGUGGAGUUUGAUGGUAGCCCUCCUGAACUGGGAGAGAUGGAGCAGCCCGCAGCUGAGACAGACAGUCCUUCCCGUACGUCUUCAGGAGCUCCUUUGCAGGCACCUGCGUUUUCAGUGGAGUUGAGCAGCUGCACAGAGCCAGAAUCUGUCUUUGAGCAAUUAGGUCAGCUUGCUAAUGAGCAUGGUGGCCAAAGGCAGGAACAGGAAGGCCAGCAGCCUGGAACUGAGGAAAAUGAAAUAAGUGGAAGAAGUGAGGAAACAGCAGAAGAAACACAACUGGUUGUCUUGGAUCCAGAACAUCCUCUGAUGAGAAGAUUCCAGGCUGCCCUAAAGAAUUACCUUAUUAAGCAGAUGGAAAAAGUGAAUCUAGAGCUUCGGGAACUGAGGACAGCAACGAAGAAGAGCAAAGUACAGAGAGAAGAGCUUGGGGUGAUUCUUUACGGAGUGCAGCAGCAGCUGGCCCAUCUGCAGAUGGAACUGGAGAAGAGCCAUGAGCGUCAUUCGCAGACAGCCACGGCACGUUUGCAGCUAGAAGAGGAGCUGAAGGGCCUCAGGCUGACUUACAAGAAAGUGUGUCAGAAUACAGAUGAUGAACGCAAGAAAGUUUCUGCAAUGCAGACCCAAGUGGAAAACUUGGCCUUGCACCUCUUCUACAUGCAGAAUAUGGAUGAGGAUAUGUAUCGUAAUAUCUUACUGACGAAACAGUCAACAAAGAAGGCUGAGGCACAGAAGGUCCAGGCUGAGGUGGAAAAGAAAAAACAGGAUCUCCUAGUGGACCGCUUGACAAGAAAAGCCUAUGAACUACAAGAACAGAUUGCUUUGUUUGAAGCUCAGUUUGUGGCCCAGGCAGAGGACACAAAAGUAACUCGACAAGCAGUAAAUGAGGCUUGUAUGGAGGUACAGGCUAUUAACGUGGAGAAGAAGCGAUUGAUGAACCACUGGACUAAUAGCUUGGCUGGAAUGAAGCAAAGAGAUGAGGUCUAUAUUGCCACACAAGAGUUGCUGAGCAAGCACAGACAUGACCUCAGGUCCCUAGAAACAGACAUCCAUAUCUGUAGAAAGUCAAUCAGGAAGGAGGAGGAGAAGAAUGAGAUGCUUGUCACCAUCCUGAGUCGUUCACAGAAUGAUACCAACACAACAAAGAAACUGAUUGCACGGUGUGUUUCAAAGCAGGAGGCCUUGAAGAUAGAAACUAGCACCUAUUCUCGCGUUCUCCAUGAGACAGAGCAGACCAUCAGUAGGAUCAGAAUGGAUCAAGCUGCUUGUCUGAACGAGUUGUUAUCCAUCAGUAAGGAUAUAGAGAAAGGAACUGAAACCAAAGAGCAGAUGGAGAGUGAGAUCAUGGCAAAGCUUCAGGACCGGAUGAUGUCCAGCAAAGCAGAAAAGCAAACCUCACAGCUGGUUGCAAAACUUCAUCAGAGAAAAAUGGAUCUGGAACUGCAUUUCUCCAAGGUUGAGAAUGACAUGACCCAGGUUAUUAUGAACACAACACACACUAACUGCAGGCUGACAAUUCUCCAAAAAACACUUUGUGAGCUGGACAAGGAAAUAAAAAAUAUCCAUGAUCUGAUCAGUCGUAGUGAAAGUGAGAUUGCAAAGUGCAGUCUUCUGAUUGAGAACAAGCAAGGGGUCAUCAGGCAGUACAACAAGAAGUUGGAGGUGCUUCUUUCUCAGCAGGGGGGGCAAGAAUUAGGACCACUGGAAAUUGAGGUCAACAGGCUGACCAAGCAGAUAGAAGAACGUAAUUCUGAGGUAUUGACGCUACAGAAGUACUGGCUCAAUCUGCAGAAAGAGCUGGUCAAGCUAACCCAUGAACAGGAGGAUCAAAUAACCUCCUUGGAUAUGUUAAAGAAACAGAUCACAAUAAUGCAGCAGAAGAAAGUGCGCACUGAAAAUGAAAUUCAGCAGGAAAUAAAAGAGCAGAAAGAUAUCGAACGUCACAUGAAGAGCAUGUCAAAUGACUUGAUAAAGCUGAAUGCGUUGAUCAACAAGAAUAACAGCAGCUUCACGGAGCUGCAAUAUGGCAACAUCAUCACAGAGAAUGAGUUCAUACGCUCUCUCAAGGCAGCAGAAAAAGAAUCAAUUGAGAUGCAGGAGAAGCACAGUCGAUUGACUGAGGAGAAGGAAAGACUCUUAAACAGCCUGGUGGAAGCAGAGCAUCAAAUCAUGCUAUGGGAGAAGAAGAUCCAGCUGACAAAAGAGAUGCGUUCAGCAGUGGAUUCUGAGACAGGACAAGGUGAAAUCCGAGCCAUGAGAGCAGAGAUUCACAGAAUGCAAGUCCGCUAUGGCCAGCUGAUGAAGCAGCAGGAGAAGAUGAUUCGUGAUAUGGAGGCAUCUGUUUCUCGUAGAGAGGCCAUAGCAAUUCGUGGAGAAGGUCAGAACAAAACAGAUAAGAAACAUAUCACCAAGAGUGAUUUCCACCGCAAGAAACAGGAGCUGAAAAAGAAGAUCACUGAAACCCAGAAGAAUGCUCAAGACUGUAACAAAAUUGUCCUGGAGCUGGAAAGCACCCAAGCAUCCCUUAGCGCCACCUUCUUGGAAAAGCAACAAGAAAUGUGCACGCUGCAGACUGAGUCUGACAGCCUUGAUUCAGACACAGAAUGUCUUCGGAACAAGAAACGAUGGAAUCUUUUGGAGCUUGUGGCCUAUCAGACGCGCCAGAAGCAGCUGCAGGCAGUGAAGGAGGGGAAGUACACACCCCUGUGCAGCACUGAACAAGCCUGGAGAAAUGAGCAGCAGAAGCUGCAGGAGCGGCUUCGUACUAUUAGUGGCAUUGUCCAUCAGGUCCAGCAAGAACAGCCUCAGUACCACAGGGCUCUCCAGUGGCUCCGCCAGUGUUUGGAAUCCAGGCUCGGCUCCCAGGAAGCGUGUUAGAGACAUAGGAAACCACCUGUGAAUAAAUAUAACCAACUGCUCUCCCUCUUCUAGCAGCGGCAUUUGUAAAUAAAUUGAAUAAACAUGCAUAAGG